AGUUUCAUUUUUUUUUUUUGGCACUUAAAAUACAAAAAAAAUUCAUGUAAUAUAAAAUGUAAUUCGUUAUGGCCUGGUUUCGGCGAGACAAGAAAGUCAACGAGACCACGGAAGUCAACAACACAGAGCCAAGUAAUCCGGAUAGGCAGCAAUCAACAUCCACGACGUUACGCAUAGAACAGUCCAUAACUUUAGAGCAAGAUAGUCGAGAUCAGCUAAGUGAUUUGGGGUCGCGUUCGAAUUCGCUUACAGUAACUGAGAAAGAUGUAAAAUUGAUGGAUCCGCGCUUUGAGGGCGUAAUAGCGCCGGUGUUUACCUGCUUCCGGGAUGAUGAACGUCGCUCGCUGGAUGUGCGGCAUAUUAAUAGGUAUGCAGAGUGUCUAAAGAGUCAUCUUAUCAAUGGAGUGUUGGUCAAUGGCGUUAGUGGCGAAGGACCUAGUAUGCGUGUGCGUGAGCGCAAGGCCAACUGCGAGUACUGGCUGCGAGCAGCCAUACGCUAUAAACUGUUGGUACUAGUGCAAGUCGGUGGCUGCCCAUUGCCCGAUGUGCUCUCACUGGCUGCCCAUGCAGAGGAUAUGCGUGUGAGUGCGGUGAUUACACUGCCGGAGCUUUUUUAUAGGCCACGCAAUGUGGAUCAACUGGUGGGCUACUGCAAGCAUGUGGCCAGCUGUUGCAAAACUAGACCUUUCUUCUACUAUCAUAUGCCCUCUAUGACAGGCGUGGACGUGGACAUUGUUGAGUUUUGCGCCAAAGCGGAGCAGGUUAUACCCAACUUUAUGGGCGUACACUAUGCCAGCACCGAUCUAGAAAUGGGUCAGCGCUGUCUGCGCUUCGGGCGUGUCAUACUCCUCGCCAGCACCUCACUGCUUGCCACCGGCCUUAUGUCUGGCUUUAACAGCGCCUGUCUGACUGUUGUCAAUAUGCGCCCUGAGCUAGUACAGAGCAUCUUCAAGGCAAUUAACGACAACGACAUGCUCCUGGCACGCAACCACCAACGUGAGCUAAAUCAGUUAAUGGAAAUCCAUACGCAUAGUACGUAUCUGCAGAACUGGGUCAACUCCAUGAAGAAUUGGUUCAACAAAGAGUAUUCUAUGCAAAAGAACGGUUCCUUCACCGCUGGUCCACCUAGACAAGUAUUUUAGUUAGGCAAAUUUACAACUAUUUUAACAAAUAGUUAAAAUUAUAUUGAUAGAUUAUGAAAUAUGAAAUACAAUCUUAUCUUAAG